ACUGUCAGAAAUAUCAGCUGACAACUUGUUUUUAUUUUGUUUAUUUAUGUGUAUAUACAUAUAUAUAUUUAUACUGAUCCCGUUCGAUGUAUGUUGAAAUUGUUGUAUAAAUAAUUAGAGGAAUUAUUUUGAAAAUACAUUACAAACUAUCUAAAGGAAGUAAAUACUUAAAAUAACUAUCCGGCGCUCGAAAUCGAUAUCUGAUGUCGUCUCAUAGUGACAGUGAAUUAAAAGAGUAUCCUUACACAGAACUAACACAGACCCGUUUCGAUUUUAAGGCGAAAGCAAAACGUAAAUUUUCUGGUAAUUCUUCACUUAAAAGUUUUAAAAAAUACUAUGUAAAAAAAUCAAAAUCAUUGAGCAUUAAUCAGCGUCGAUUACUCACAGCUGCACAAACCAAUAAUACAGAAAUGGUUCAAAAGUUGUUAGAAUUAGACGUUGAUCCAAACACUGCUGACAUUCAAUGUCGAAGUGCACUUCAUUGGGCAGUAAGCAGAGACUAUAGUGACGUCGUCAGACUCCUGUUGGACCAUGGAGCUGACCCUAACCAACAGGACAUAGUUGGUAACACGCCAUUGCAUCUUGCAGCAUGUACAAGCAAUUUACGAAUUAUAACUACACUUCUAAACGCUGGAGCCAAUGUGAGAUCUUUAGAUAUGGAAGGUAGAAAUCCUCUUCAACUUGCAGAAAGUAAACUUCAAAUUUUAAGACACAGUUGGAGAUCAGGCACAAUAGAGAUGAUUCAACUGCGAACUCAGCUUCAACAGAUUAUCGACAUAAUGAUUUCGUUAUGGAAGCACAAAGAAGCCGUCAAAUGGGGCCAUCACAGAGAGAAUGUUGAUGAUUUAGAACUAAUGAAGCAUUCUAUCAAGUAUGGUGAAGAGGUUGACGACCAAAUGACAAAGUUGUUAACAGAGCUCCAGGAAUUUAAAAUAUAAUUUUAAUUUUAUACAUAUAUCAUUACUUGUAAUAAUUAUUAUUUAAGGAGUUAAAACCUUCUAAUGUGUAUCUUAUUAUAACAAAAGUAACACAUUACAUAAACUUGAAAUUUUAUUCUUUUCAAAAUAUCAGUAACAGUUUAAAGGCAAAUAACAAAACAGCCAACAUUUUAACAACAUAUUUCAUAUGUGAAAGUAGGUAGUCC